GUGACAAAAUUGACAACUGCAGAACAAGAGAAGGUAAUCUUUGGAGUAAAGGGUCAAGAACUGGUUUAUCCUAAAAAGCUUCCUCUGAUACAGAAGCGAAAUGUUUGGCACAUCCAUGAGGAUGAUAUACAGGAAGCUUAUGAAGAAGAAUUGCUGUAUGAACUGAGCCUAAAUAGAAAAACCUUAAUACUCCAUCUUUUAAAAUCAAGGGAGUUCCUCGCCUCAAAUUACAGUGAGACGUAUUACUCCACCAAAGGAGAGGAGGUCACCACGCACCCUCAGAUCAUGGAUCACUGUUUUUACCAAGGAUCCAUCAUACAUGAAUUUGAUUCUGCUGCCAGUAUUAGCACGUGUAGUGGUCUAAGGGGGUUCUUCAGGGUGAAUGACCAAAGGUACCUUAUUGAACCAGUGAAAUAUUCAGAUGAGGGUGAACACUUGGUCUUCAGAUAUAACCCCAAGGUGCAGCACGCUGCCAAUUAUUCUUGCACAGAGCUCAAUUUCACCAGGACAGCUGUUCUGAAGGAUAAUACUAAAUCCAUGGAAGACUCCAAAAUGGAAAGCAUCGAAAAAGAAAAGCAUAUUGAACUGUUCAUUGUUGCUGAUAAUAAUGUGUAUCACAGGAAUCCUAACAGUAAAGUGAGGAAUCGAGUUUGGGGAAUGGUCAAUUUUGUCAACAUGAUUUAUAAGACCUUGGACAUUCAUGUGACAUUGGUCGGCCUUGAAACAUGGACAAAUGGAGACAAAAUAGAAAUAGAUUCAAAUAUAGAAACUACCUUAAAGCGUUUUUCAGCUUGGCAAGAAAUAAUCCUUAAAAAAAAGAAGAAUUUUGAUCAUGUUGUGUUACUCAGUGGGAAGUGGCUCUACACAUCUGCACAAGGAACUUCCUAUCCAGGGGGCAUGUGUCUGCCCUAUUAUUCCUCCAGUGUCGUUAAGGACCUUUUACCUGACCUAAAUACAAUUGCGAGCAGAAUGGCACAUCAGUUGGGGCACAGUCUUGGGAUGAAGCAUGAUGACUACCCAUGUACCUGUACUUUGGGAAAGUGUGUGAUGGAUAGUGGUGGAAGCAUUCCUGCACUAAAAUUCAGUAAAUGUAGCAGAACUCAGUACCAGCAAUAUCUGAAGGACUUCAAGCCUACAUGCAUGUUCGAUAUUCCAUUUUCUGAUAAACUAAGUGAUUACCCAUAUUGUGGAAACAAGAAGCUGGAUGAUGGAGAAGAGUGUGACUGUGGCCCUGUGCAGGAGUGCACUAAUCCUUGCUGUGAUGCACGCAAAUGUAUGCUGAAGCCAGAAUUUACUUGUGCGGAAGGAGAAUGCUGUGAAUCUUGCCAGGUGAAAAAAGCAGGCUCUCUCUGCCGACCAGCAAAAGAUGAAUGUGAUUUUCCUGAAACGUGUACUGGCCACUCUCCUGCGUGUCCUAAGGACCAGUUCCAAGUCAAUGGAUUUCCUUGCAAGGAUGCAAAAGGCUACUGCUUCAUGGGGAACUGUCCCACCCGGGAUGAUCAGUGCUCUGAACUGUUUGAUAAUGAGGCAAAAGACAGUUCUGAUAUCUGUUACAAGAUGAAUAAAAAUGGAAACAAAUUCGGAUACUGCAAAAAUGAAGAACAGACAUUAAUUCCUUGUGAAGAAAAAGAUGUCAAAUGCGGAAAGAUAUUCUGCACAGGUGGGAAGCAUGCUUCCAUCCUUGGAGAAGAAAAGGUCUAUCACCUUAAGAAGCCUCUGACGCAGAAUGUCACUGAAUGCAAAACCUUUUUUUUAUAUCACAAAUCUAAGGAUUUUGGUUUGGUUGCUCCUGGAACAAAAUGUGGAGAAGGAAAGGUGUGCAGCAACAGUGAAUGCGUGACUAUUGAAAAAGCCUACAAUUCAACCGAUUGUCCCUCUCCGUGCAAUGAGAAUGCUGUGGAAGACGGUGAUCUCGGGUGCCAGUGUGAAGGAGUACAGGCAUCUGUGGACUGGGAGGAAACCUUAAAUGUUACCAAUAUCUCCAUCCUGGUGGUUGUACUCAUCCUGGUUAUUAUUGGUGUUCUGUCUGCCGUAUUAUUAAUUCGUUACCAAAAAUGUAUUAAGUUGAAGCAAGUUCAAAGACCGCCUAGCGAAGCACUGGGAGUGGAAAAUAAAGGAUACACUGGUGAUGAGCAGCAGACAAGAACUGAGCCCAUAUUACCUGACAUUCAUCCCCUACAUCGAAGAACCGCGGAGUCCCUGGCGAGACUUCCAACCAGCUUCUCGAGUCCGCACUACAUCACGCUGAAACCUGCAAGUAAAGAACCAAGAGGAACUGCAGAUCCCAAUCCAAGUGCCAAAGUGAGCUUGAAACUGGAUAUUCAAAAUGGCUGUGCAAGUCUAAGCUGAAGAUUCUGGAUGUAAAAUCUUUGUAACCUUCUCUUGAUAUCUGCCACACAAAUUUCUACUCGUUUUUCAAAUGUUCUUUAUCUAGACAGAAAAUGCUAAAGAGAAACCACAUCUUCCUGAAAAAUUUACCUGUAGAAUUCACAAUCUAUGGGGCAGACAUAUGCUACAAGAAAAGUCUGUCGUUUUUCAAAUGCUUUUUAGCUUAAAAUAAAAAUAAACAGUCUCCUUGCAUAGUUUUCUUACAUAAUGUUAAUUAUUUAAAAAAAGAGUCAAAACUUAGAGGAUGGUAAAUUACAACCCUGAGUCUAAGAAUCAAAAUAUCUCUUAUAAGAGAUUUUUUUCCUUAGGAGCAUAAAAAGGCUUACCUUAAUUUGAAUCUGAUGUAAUUACCAUUAAUUAUGGUUUAAAUGACAUUCUCUCCUGAAGAAAUGCCAAGGAAAUCUGUUCAGGAAGCAUCAGAUUCUACUAGUUAAUUAAAAGGUAAAUGGCUGUUCCAUACAUUUCCUAUUAGUGAAGGAGUCAAAACAAUAGUCACCUUUUUUGGGGUUAGUAGAUGCAAACUAUUGCAUUUGGAAUGGAUAAGCAAUGAGAUCCUGCUUGUAUACAACAGGAGACUAUAUCUAGUCACUUGUGAUGGAACACGAUGAAUGAUAAUGUGAGAAAAAGAAUGUGAAUGAAUAUACAUACAUAUGUAAUUGACAAAACAUGUAUAUGAAAUUGACAAAACAAUAUAAGUCAACUAUAAUAGAAAAAAUAAAAACAAAACAAAACAAAAAAAAUAGUCAUCUUAACUACAAAGUUUCUUACACUUGUGGUGGCAGCAAGAGAGGACAUGAAAUGCUCCUAGUAAUUCUAAAUGCCUAGAAUUUAAUUCCAAAAUCCUAAAUUUUUAGAAUUCCUUAAGAGCUUUUCAGAAAAGUCAGAGUUAUAAGAAUUUCAGAAAAUUAACUUCAGCAGAGAAGAAAUAUGAUUCCCACAUAGGGCUUUUGAGAUGCUUGCAAUAUUUGGGUUGGAGCACUUCCUGGGCAAUUUCUAUGCUGGCUCUACCCCUCCCUGUCAGGUGGUUAGGAUGCCUGGGGCUGUCCUGGGAAUGCUUUUAGCUCUCUCUUAUUUGGAUGCUUCUCAGAGUGUUCUCUUGUGUUCUCUAUGUUCUUUUUUGUUCACUGCCAAAGCUACCUGCAAUUAUUUUUUCAUUUACUGAAGUAAAGUUUUCAAGUGCUAAAUGCAAAUUUCCUGAUUCAAUUAAAUAAAGGCUGCAAAUCAAGGAAGAAA